UACAGGAAAUGCUCGGAGACUGCAAACAGCCACAUUUAAUAGAGUCUUGUCAGUUUUGAAUGAGACAACAAUUAACCUUAUCUCUUAGGAGUUAUGCAGACUUGGUGUUUCGUUUCAAUAUGUGUUUUACUCGGCGUUGUUGUGAGAUGGGGAGUGUCCUUAAAUUCUUACUCCGGGGCAGGAAAAGCGCCAAUGUUUGGCGACUAUGAAGCACAGAGGCACUGGCAAGAAAUAACCUACAAUCUUCCAGUGCAUGAAUGGUACUUCAAUACCACAGACAAUGACUUGAAUUACUGGGGUCUUGAUUAUCCUCCUCUGACUGCCUAUCACAGCCUGAUCUGUGCUCAUAUUGCCAAGAUAAUAAACCCUGAAUGGGUGCAGCUUCACAAAUCCAGAGGUUAUGAAAGUACAACACACAAGUUAUUUAUGAGAACAACAGUGCUUGUUGCAGAUCUCCUCAUAUACAUCCCUGCCGUUGUAUUAUAUUGUUUAUGGCUGAAUAGUGGCACUAUUAAAAGAAAGAUUUGCACUCUGCUCUGCUUUCUGAUAUAUCCAGGGCUACUUCUUAUUGACUAUGGACAUUUCCAGUAUCCUUUUUCUGAGUACUGUUAGUUUAGUCUGCACGGUAGACUGAAAAAAAAAUAUUGUUAUCGCGAUAAUUGCCCAUGCAGUAUUCAUAUCGCAAAGACGUGCAAUAAGUUUCAUAUGGAAUUGUAUGCUUUCAUUUCAAUUUGACCAGCAACAAUGAAACCUUAAAUGUGCCAUCCAAUAGGUGAACAGUAUCUUGUGGCAUUACAAUUAAUUAGUGAAGACUACAUUGAGCUUCUUUAUUUUGCUGCAUGAAAGUAAUCUAUUUCAUUCACAAUAAAAUAUGUCAUGAUAAUAAAAUGUUUCUUUCGGUACAUGUUAAAUAUUGCAAUAAUAGUAAUAUCAUUAUAUUCAAAACCGAUAUCGCAUAUUGCAUGUUUUUCCCAAUAUCGUGCAGCCCAGGUGUUUGACCAAAUGACCAUGCUAUACAGAAUUCAUCUCUCAACUACAUUAAACAGCAACGUAGAAGUGAAUUUCUGCAUCGAUACGGUUAUCUAUUUUCUCUCGUGCUUGUCUUGCUUAGCUUAUCCCAGUUGUCUUUGUUCGACAGGCAGGGUACACCUUCGACUGGUAACCAGUCAAACAUAGGGCACCCAUAGACCAACAACAAUUCGCACCUCGGGAACAUUUUGAGACUUUAAUUAACCUACCAUUAGGGGUGGAGCAAAAAAACAAUUUCAAUUAGAAAAUUGGGUUUUGAUUUCAAAGAUUUGGUGCUUCGAAUCGAACCAAAUCGAAUAGUUCCUCAUUGAAAUGUACUGAGAUACGUAUCAAAUCAUUUUUUAUUGGGCAGCUAUAUUAAAAAGAAAUGGCACAUUUACACAACUGACAAUUUCAUUGAUGACAAAGAGACCUGGAAGGGCUUGAUUAGGGGUGUUCACACGGCCACUUUUACUUCGGUGUAGUACCGGUGCUGCCCCCCAUAGAGCGUUCACACGUACAAAGUUA